GCCAAACGCUCUGAUACUCCAUCUCACCUACACCAUCACCGCUGUCCAAGAUAAGUUUCCAUCACGGUAUCAGUAGUCAUUCAUCGGGUGCCGUUCACACUUUAUAGUUUACUAACUUUCUUCAGACUCUCGUUAACAAAUCCUGAACAAAAUGUCGGUGAUGCAUUUUUAAAAAAAAAUGUCCCACAGGCCACAAAAAUCAUUUUCUUGCGAUUUACACCUUCACGUUGUGUCACUGUUUUCUUCGUGUAAAAAAUGUCACAUCACUGAUUGCUACAAAAUUCAGUAGUAGUAAGAAGCGUAAUGAUACCAGUGCUAACAGGAGAACACCAGCUUCAUUGGCAAAAUAUGCUAAUGGUGUUGGUUUCAGGAUUGGAAUGAACGUGUGUCAGUGGUGAAAAUAGCGCUUUAAUUUCUGGUGAAAAACACACAACUACAGCAGAGUCAUUUUUUUUGUAAGACGUUUCACCCGACAUUGAGCUUAACCAAGCCUACUGCCCCUGUGUCUGCUGCUUCGGAAGUAUUUCUCACUGGGUUGUCUGCCUCUGGAGCCUCUAACCUGAGUUAAGAUGCCUCGCUCAUUCUUAAUCAGAGAUCUCUUGUGGGGUGAAGACCGCCGAAGUGCUGUGAUGAAGGACGAUAUUGACGUGGGUCUUGAUCUCACUACUCGCGCCCACGGCAAUACACAAGCUCAUGGCAGCACACAAGCCCAUGGCAACACACACGCCCAUGACAGUAUACAAGCUCAGGGAAACACUAAUGCUGACAUAAUGCCAUAUAUCCACACAACAGCUCAUGCUAUUAAUCCUGAGACCUGCUCCAAGCCAGCUAAAGUUACGUCAGAAGUCGCUACAGCGUUAAAUGUGCAUCCUUUGCUAAGUGCUGGAUUGUGUGAGUCUCAGGGUGGUUCUUCAGGAGUGUGCAGGUGUGAGCUAUGCGUGCUGACUGCAGCACAUCUCAGCAGUACAUCUGAGCCACCACCAGCACAUAACACUAGCAGACUUCCCCAUGGUGAUCGAGUGCUAAGUGAUAUUUUCCGCGGCCACCCACAGGAGACUAGUACUUCCGACCCCUGCAGUGAUAUCGCAGGUACACACACUGACGAAGAGUUUUUAAUGUGGAGAGGAGUCACUUCUGUCACACCGCUAGCGACGUUACCUGCAGCCUCGCCUCCACUGUCGUCUCCGUCACCGUCUACAUCGCCUACAUGCGCACAUCGUGCACUAGAGACCCCGUCUCCUGCUCCGGGGUGCACACUCCCACACCCGCUGUUGCCUGUACUACAGCGCCCCAGCUUCGACACCGCCCAAGGUCUCUUGCGCUCCGACAAAAGUUUUGGAUUCGGAGACGUGCGCAGAUUCAUACCUCUGCACGGCGGCGGACGGCACGUGUAUGGCGGCGUGCCUCUGGUGCCCCCGCACCAUCACCACUACUUAUGGGCGGCACAGUAUUCCUCUCUACUCUCCUCCCUCCCACUUCAAGACUACGAGGUGACAAGUCCCAGUACGCCACGGACGUGCAGCAGCCCGGCCGUGCCCGUGCCCGUUCCCGUGUACGUGCGUACACGGCCUUCUGCCCUGCCAGACACCUCCGCCAAGAAGUGUCGACGAUCACGGACCGUCUUCACAGAGCUGCAGUUGGUUGGACUAGAACGGAGGUUCGAGGCUCAGAAGUACCUCAGCACGCCAGAUCGCGUUGACCUGGCUCGUUCCCUGGGCCUGACGCAACUCCAGGUCAAGACCUGGUACCAGAACCGCAGGAUGAAGUGGAAAAAACAGGUAAUGCUGGAAGGUAGCAAAGAACCUCCAACUAAGCCCAAGGGAAGACCCAAGAAGAACUCGGUGCCUUCCUUCGCUGAGCUCCAGAGAAUGAAGGAGGCGCAGGAGGAGGAAGAGAGGAAGACGAGAGGAGGCGUCAAGGAAGCACCGGAGGAGGAAGACACGGGGAAGAAGAUGGUCUUCCAGCUCACUGACACGAAUCUUCCGAGUGAUGAAGCGGAGAAGACACACUGGGCAGCAAAAGAAGAGGUUGAAGAAGAGGAGGAGGAAGACGAAGAAGUGGAAGACGAAGAGGAAGACGAUGAGGAACUAGUUGAUGUAGGUGUGGAAGGAAGGAUAUGUAAGGAGGUUCAAGAGGAAUUACAACAGCCGAAUAGCGUGGGGCACAGGAAGGGCAUCACUAAAACCAUCAAUUAUCAUCCACAACAUCUCAAGGUGAGCAAGUAACUCGUAUGUAUAUAAGCAAUGUGAGAAAUCUCUGGGUGAGAAAUGUGAAGCAGAUGUGAGAAAGAACAGCAGAAUAUUCAUUUAUUUCUCAGAUACUCGUAUAAUUCUGGUUUCCGGCCAAAUUAUUAAAUAUUUAUUAUUACAUAUUUAUGUAAUGUACAUUUGUUAUAGAUAUGGUUUGACUCUUUUGUUUGAAGAGUCAAACCAUGUCUAUAUCAAAAUCUGUAACAAAAACAGAUACAGUAAACUCUUAUUUAUAAGAAUAAUCCGCUAAUGUCCAACAGAAUUUAUCACUGAUAAACAGUACAAACGGUUGAUGAAUUAUAUACAUCAAGAUUACAGUGUUCAACACCUGCUACUAUGAAAAUAAAUGGUAUAAAAUACCGACACUAUGGAAACAUAAACACAUAUGCAGUUUAAUGUGAUCCUUUAUUGACAACGUUUCGCCCACACAGUGGGCUUUUUCAAGUCACAAACAGAUCUACCUGGGGUGGAAGGUACGGGAGUAUUUAUAGUCAGGUUCAGAAUGUUGAGGUCAGGUGGAGAAUGCUGCAUCUGAUGAUCCACUGGGUGGGGUUAUAGAGUCUUGGGUAGCUUGGCAGGGGUAUUGGAUAAGUUGUGAGUAGACCUUCUGCAGUGGAAUCAUCCUGGAAUCAUCGCUUAUCUCUAUAAUCAACAAUUUCAACCAGAACAAUGGCUUCUAUAACAUAGCUGAACCACUUGCCAAGAAACUUCUUCAUCGCUAUCCCACAUAAGAACAUAGAACACUGG